AUGGAACGUCAACAUACUCUGCGAGAGUUUUAUAACUUAUUUGUAGACAAACGCCAGCAAUCAGAUAUAUUUCGCUUUGUUAUGGAAACAGCAAACUUGCCAAAUUAUGAUCCAAACAUGCCUGACGGUCAAGGAUACAGUGAUUUAUUGUUAACCAAUAAUUAUGGUGAAUCCGGUAUGAGCCCUGUAUUUCGCGCAUAUUUUUCUCUAUUACUCAAGAAUAUGUCGUCAAAGAAUUACUUGGAUAGAAAUAUUUUGGAUAAAUAUCGUACUUGUGAAUUGUGUAAUACAGGCGUUUGCUAUCGGACAUCUAGUUGCUCGAAUUAUUGCUGCAUUUUAGCCGGUCCCAGUCCACUUUCAGCUGGUUGUCCCGGCAAUCAACCUAAUGCAACUCCAAAAGGUUGUUGUAAAGGUUGUUGGUUGUACUAG